CGUUGUGCUCCUCGCCGUGGGGUUUAUUUGGCUCCGGGGCCCCUCUCCGCCGCCAUUAGGAUCCCGCAGCGCCGGGGGCUGGUCCCCCAUCUUCUUUCCUCCUCCCCCCACGGUGACCCCCUCCCGCCUCCACGCCUGCUCUCCACCCCUCUACCCCCGCCUCCGGCAGCCGGGAGUCGCGCGCGGGCCCGCGGAGACCAUGUCCUGACUGAAGGAAGAGGGCGGAGGCGGCAGCAGCGGGGCGGGCGGCGGCACGGAGGGAGGCGGAGAGGGGCCGGGCUCGGCUCGUCGCCGCGGGCUGUUCGGGGAGUCGCCGCCGCCAGGCGCCGAGCGUCGGACGGGCAGGAGGAGCAGGAGCUGGAGGAGGAGCCGCCGCCGCCAGGAAUAGCUAUUCAGUCAGACAGAACAGAACCACUUACCACGUUUUGCAGUAUCUUCUGAGGAAGUCAAAAUCUGAGCCACCAUGAAGACUGAAUCUUGUCUUUCGUCUGUUUUAUAAACUGUACUUUUAUUCUAACCAUGUGCAAGGUGGAGGUUAUAGCAUGGAAACUAAAAUCUUACUUCCUGCCUGACGUAACUCACUUCAAGAAGUGCACAAUGUCAGAACGUGGACUUAAAUGGGCUUGUGAAUAUUGUACGUAUGAAAACUGGCCAUCUGCAAUCAAGUGUACUAUGUGUCGUGCCCAAAGACCUAGUGGAACAAUUAUUACAGAGGAUCCAUUUAAAAGUGGGUCAAGUGAUAUUGGCAGAGAUUGGGACCCUUCCAGCACUGAAGGAGGAAGUAGUCCUUUGAUAUGUCCAGACUCAAGUGCAAGACCAAGGGUUAAGUCUUCAUACAGCAUGGAAAAUGCAAAUAAAUGGUCAUGCCACAUGUGCACAUAUUUGAACUGGCCAAGAGCAAUCAGAUGUACCCAGUGCUUAUCCCAGCGUAGGACCAGGAGUCCCACAGAAUCUCCUCAAUCCUCAGGAUCUGGCUCAAGACCAGUUGCUUUUUCUGUUGAUCCUUGCGAGGAAUACAAUGAUAGAAAUAAACUGAACACAAGGACCCAGCAUUGGACUUGUUCUAUUUGCACUUAUGAAAACUGGGCCAAGGCUAAAAAAUGUGUUGUUUGCGAUCAUCCCAGACCUAAUAAUAUUGAAGCAAUAGAGUUGGCAGAGACUGAUGAGGCUUCUUCAAUAAUAAAUGAGCAAGACAGAGGUCGAUGGAGGGGAAGCUGCAGCAGUGGUAAUAGCCAGAGAAGAUCGCCUCCUGCUGUGAAACGGGACUCUGAAGUGAAAAUGGAUUUUCAGAGGAUUGAAUUGGCUGGUGCUGUUGGCAGCAAGGAGGAACUUGAAGUGGAUUUCAAAAAACUAAAGCAAAUUAAAAACAGGAUGAAAAAGACUGAUUGGCUGUUCCUUAAUGCUUGUGUGGGGGUUGUAGAAGGUGACUUAGCUGCCAUAGAAGCAUACAAGUCAUCAGGAGGAGACAUUGCACGUCAGCUCACCACAGAUGAAGUGCGCUUGCUGAGCCGUCCUUCGGCUUUUGAUGUUGGCUAUACCCUGGUACAUCUGGCUAUACGUUUUCAGAGGCAGGAUAUGCUAGCAAUAUUGCUUACGGAGGUGUCUCAACAAGCAGCAAAGUGUAUCCCAGCAAUGGUGUGUCCUGAACUGACAGAGCAAAUCCGGCGAGAGAUAGCUGCCUCUCUUCAUCAGAGAAAGGGGGAUUUUGCCUGCUAUUUUCUAACUGACCUUGUAACAUUUACAUUGCCAGCAGAUAUUGAAGACUUGCCCCCAACAGUCCAAGAAAAAUUAUUUGAUGAGGUGCUUGAUAGAGAUGUUCAAAAAGAGUUAGAAGAAGAAUCUCCAAUAAUAAAUUGGUCCUUGGAAUUGGCUACUCGUUUGGACAGCCGACUGUAUGCACUUUGGAACCGGACUGCAGGAGACUGCUUACUUGAUUCAGUACUACAAGCUACCUGGGGCAUUUAUGACAAGGACUCGGUGCUUCGGAAAGCCCUACACGACAGCCUGCAUGACUGUUCACAUUGGUUUUACACGCGUUGGAAAGAUUGGGAGUCGUGGUAUUCUCAGAGCUUCGGUUUACAUUUCUCCUUGAGAGAAGAACAGUGGCAAGAAGACUGGGCAUUUAUACUCUCUCUUGCUAGUCAGCCUGGAGCAAGUUUGGAGCAGACACACAUUUUUGUACUUGCACAUAUUCUUAGACGACCAAUUAUAGUUUAUGGAGUAAAAUACUAUAAAAGUUUCCGGGGAGAAACUUUAGGAUAUACUCGGUUUCAAGGUGUUUAUUUGCCAUUGCUGUGGGAACAGAGUUUUUGUUGGAAAAGUCCGAUUGCUCUGGGCUACACAAGGGGCCACUUCUCUGCUUUGGUUUCCAUGGAGAAUGAUGGCUAUGGCAGCCGAGGUGCUGGUGCUAACCUGAACACCGAUGACGAUGUCACCAUCACGUUUCUGCCUCUGGUUGACAGCGAGAGGAAGCUGCUCCACGUGCACUUUCUUUCUGCUCAGGAGCUAGGUAAUGAGGAACAGCAAGAAAAACUGCUCAGGGAGUGGCUGGACUGCUGCGUGACUGAGGGCGGAGUACUGGUUGCCAUGCAGAAAAGCUCUCGGCGGCGAAACCACCCCCUGGUCACGCAGAUGGUAGAAAAAUGGCUUGACCGCUACCGACAGAUCCGGCCUUGUACAUCCCUGUCCGACGGAGAGGAAGACGAAGAUGAUGACGAUGAAUGAAAAAAAAAAUGAAAGAGCAGGCGGGCAAGGUAUCGGCUCUGUGGUGACCCCAGUUAGCAUGGUGCUCCAAGCAGAGUGCAGGGCAGGAUCUGCUCGGGUUCACCCGACGCACAUCAGCGGGAGGCAGCAUCUGCUUGCGUGAGGACACAGAGCUUUGUGUGAACUAGUUUGUAAAAACCUAAUUUUAUUAAGACAGAACCUUUUUCCUUUCAAAUUGUAAAUCUGUCUGUAAAUGUAACGCAUGUGGUUGUGUUAAGUUGUGUAAUAGGAAAAGUGUACCAGCAUCUUCAUAUUACUGUUUUUCCAGCAUGGCAUCGCCAAAGGCAAAUGGCAGAUGGUUUUGUUCCUCUGAGAUGUUGCAGUAGAACCUAGCAUUCUACUUCCAGUGUAAAAGACCCAUCUCACAUCAAGUUUCACUAGAGCUUGUUAGAAAUUUGGAAACGUUUUGUACAAAUUAUCCAUAGCAAAACAUAAAAAUAAAAACAAGCUUUUAUUUUAUCAAUACUUCAGUUCUGUUGUGCCCAAUAAAAUCAAAUCUUUAAGGAACAAACUGCAAGGAAAGAAAGAAUUUUUUAUUGACUGCACUUCAUAUAGACAGCAUUCCCUUGUUGUGGAAAGAGCUUUGGUUUCUAUGGUUUUGUCUUAAGUUUCUGAUUUAGGUAUUUUAUUUGUUUGGAAGAGAAUCCUUAAAUUAAAAUGAGGGUUCCUCUAUUAGACUCUGGGCAGCAAUCUCUUGAGGGGUGUUAUUCCCUGGAUGUACAUUAGGGAAGUGCUUGGGGAGCAGGCCCCUCGUAACUUAACAGAUCGUGUGAAAUUGCUCCCUUGACACAGUUGGCAAAGUUAUUUAUUCCCAUAUUGCCACGCAGGGGUCCCUGGGUUCUUACUGUCCGUUAUCUUUUAAGCAAAUCAUGUUAGAAAGGCAUGCCAUCGCUCGGGCUAACUGGCAGUCAGUGCAAUACAGAAUAAAGAUUUUAAAAUGCAGUAAGGUGGUAAAUGCAUUGUAUAAUGAAUUUCUCAGUGAGUAGUCUGAGAAGUUUUGCACGUUGGUUAAUUGUGGCCAUUCUUUAUUUAAAGUUAAAACUAUACUCAUAGGUAGAAAAACUUUCAUGAAGUAUAAUUUGACUUCAGGUACAUAUUUAAUAUUGGGUAAAAAUUUCAGCUAUCUCAGGAACACAGACCUAGUGUCCUGAUAAGCACUUUAUGUAGACAAGUGUUGAUGUGGCAAGGAAUUUGGAAAGACACACACACACACACACCUUUCCCGUCCUUUGAUGAAAAUGCUGUGAAAACCGUUAAAUAUUCGCUUCUUGUUUUCUUCUAAGUUUGGUUUAGAUGGUAUUGAAAUGUGUGUAACCUUUAAGUUGAUGCCAGAAUACUGAAGAGAGAAAACUUCCCAAGAGGUGUCUUUGGUUCCCCUCUCUGAAUACUCACUGACAGGUGUUCCCAGGGUGAAAGGGUCACUUUGCUGCUUGCUAAAACUUGAAACAAAAAUAUUUGCAACUUGAUUCCAUAUAAAUGAAUUUUGACUGAUGGUGAAUAUUCCUGUUCCAAGUGGUUAAUGUUUUCUUAAAUAGUCCCCCUGGCUUGGUUUGUGACCACUAGUUAGAAGGCUGCCAUUCUGAGCAUAGCCUCUCUAUACAUUUUUCUCCAUACAUAGGAAUACUUCUUUAGUGGGCAGAGAUCCUGUUCUAGUAAAGCAAAAGCUACACUCCCAAUUGAAGAAGCCAAAGAGGAAGUUUGGGAAAAGCAUCUAGUCGCUGUGGUCUCCAUUGCAGUCAGUCCUGUCUGUCUGGAAAGUGACAGGCCCAACAUCUCACCUGCGUGUUGUGUCUGCUGAGUAUUGCUUCCUCUUAGGUGCCUCUUUAUUUAUUUAUUUAUGAUCAGCGACCCUGAGCACAUCUAGUUUAACAGGUACAGCGUUCUUCCCUAUGGGAAAGAAUUAUAGAUGAUUACAUUUCCUAGGCUCCAGACAGGGAGGGGGCUUUAAGUGGUUUUCACAGCAGACUGGCUGGUAAAAGCCAAAAUUUUGGGUGAAUCAAUGUUAUGUUAAGCUCUUGAACUAUUAACAGCCAUAACUGUUGGAGUACACAGUCCUUUCUCAAAGAAUGUGUCUUUUGGUUGACUCUGGACAGUAAUACUGUGAAGUCUUUAUUCUUUUUCUAGGGGAAAACACGGUGUUGAGUUUUCUGUUAAAUGAAACAAAACCCAGGUGUACCAAGGAUUUGGACCUGCCAUGUUUUUGCCUCAGGCUCAGUGCCCCAGACACUUGGUGUGUGUCAAGGGAACACUUGUUCCUGGGCAGUUGGGGGCCUCAUUUUCAUUGCAGAUGUCAAUGUCACUCUCAUUGGUGGCCUACUUGACCAGUAGCUACGAAGCUGUUUAACUACCCUUCUCUUCCCUGGAGUGACUAAUCGGCCAGUGACCAUGUGGCUCCAUCUCUACCCACAUGAGGUUGUUCCAAUAUAAUUUUUCACACAGUUGGUGGGAUGGGACCACCCCUUAAAAUGGGUGAGGAGGUUGACCUUGAGAUGCCCUGACCUUACUGUCUUUUAAGGGUAAGGAAGGGGGUCAAAGGGAGUUUGGGACCUGCAAGUGGACCCAGCUGACACUUGCAGAUGCCAAGAGUAUAGAGGGGGCAAAUGCUACUUAAAAAGAUCCAUUAAAUCAGUUUAAAGUUCUGGGCAUACAGAAAUGGCUGUUUUACAUUUCUUUGUAAAUAUAUUUUAAAAGAGAUUCACUUCCCUUGCACUAAUGCUUAAAGCCAGGUAAUUUUGCUUUUGGGUACAUUAAAAUCAAAACUCUGAAACUUGA